UUAUGCAUCAUUUGAAUAGAUGCCAGUACUUGUCGUUGUCAUAUGCGCAGAUGCAAACAUUUUGAGGAACAAAACCUUUAUUAUUCAAAACUAAAAGACUGUUGAAAGGCGGGAUUUUGUGUACCCUAGUAGUGUUGAUCCAGAAAAAUAUCAGAACUGAAUAUUUAUAAGAUACCUAGAAAGAAAAAAGUCAUGAAUCCUGAUCGGAUCCGAAGAGGAACAACUUACUCAGAAAAUAAUUUAAUUGCCGCUUGCGCAGCCGUACGUAAAGGCCAAAAAUUGCGGGAAAUUUGUCGACAAUACGGUGUUCCUAAGUCAACUGUGCUGGACCGGAUUAAGGGUCGUGUAAAAAUGGACGAGAAAUGUCGUAUGGGACCGGAUCCUGUAUUAUCUGCCAAUAUUGAGGACAAAAUUGUAACAUGGUUAACGACAUUAGCGAAGUGUGGAUUUCCUUUGAAAAAAGAAGAAUUACUAGAUGCUGUUCAAAAAAUCGUUCAAGACUGCAAUCUGAAAACCCCAUUUAAAAAUGGACGUCCCGGUCAAAAAUGGUUUUCUGGAUUUCUUAAACGGCACCCCGAAUUGGUAAUGAAAGCAGCUGAAUCAUUGGAUUCUUCGAAAGCCAAGAUCACCAAAGAAAACAUAAAGUCAUGGUUUCAUAAACUAAAAAUAUUUUUAAGAAAAUCUGAGUGUAUUGAUUUACUAGAAGACCCGAGCCGCAUAUUUAACGCUGACGAAACAGGCUUCAGCCUUUGUCCUAAAUCAGGAAAAGUAUUAGGUCUGAAAGGGCGAAAUGUAUAUAAUGUAAAAAAAGGAAACGAGAAGGAAAAUCUAACGGUUCUGAUAACAAUCACGGCCGAUGGCAGAAUAUGUCCACCUGUUGUUGUGUUUCCUUAUGUGCGGCCGCCAAAGGCAGUUGUUGACAGUAUGCCUGAAAAUUGGAUUUUAGGAAAAUCUCAGUCGGGCUGGAUGCGCUCCGAUGUAUUUUUUGAGUUUGUUGCCAAUGGCCUCAAUAAUUGGGUGACGGAACAAAAUAUACCUAAGCCCAUUCUACUUUUAGUGGAUGGUCAUCGCUCUCAUUCAUCUAUGGAGCUGAGUAGAUUUUGUGACGAAAAUCAAAUUAUUCUUUAUGCCUUGCCUGCAAAUACUACACAUAUAAUCCAGCCAGCAGAUGUCUCAGUAUUUCGGCCAAUGAAAGAAUAUUGGCGACAAUAUGUGAGGGAAUGGCAAUCAGAACAAAACAAAGUUGUUACAAAAAGUGAAUUUUGUCCAAUAUUGAAGAAGGUUCUGGAACACUCGAGCAUGCAUACAAAUAUAAAAAACGGAUUCAGAGCUUGUGGUCUUUAUCCUUUCGAUCCAGAGGCUCCAGACUAUAGCAAGUGUGUACAGAAUACGCUAGAAAAUAUUCACAAAGAUAUCGAUUAUGGAGAAAGUGUGAAUUAUAAUACGAACAUAGUGCCACAAGAUAUAACAAGUACGGAAAAAGUAAUAAAAAUUUUAAAACCGGAUCUACAGCAAGUAGGCAUCGAUGUAGGUGUAAUAUUGGACAUGAUAAAAAACUUGAAGAUAGGUAAAGCUGAACAAAAAACCGAAAAUUCUGAGAUGGUAGAAGAUGAAUAUACAGCAGAGGCUGACAAUUUCAGACUUGAUGGAUUCUUGAAAGAAGUUUCGGAUGAAAACAUCGUAGAAGCUGAGGAUUCGAUAAACUUUGAUGAAAUUUCGGAUCAAGCAACAGAAGGAAAUCAGAUUAUUAUUUUAGAAAAUUACUUAUUCCAAAGCUCGAUAGAUUAUCAAAACCCUCAGCCAUCAACUUCCAAUCUUCAAAUAUGGGAAACCAAAGACGCCCAAGAAACUACUGAAAUCGACGUUGGCGGAACAACUAAAGAGAUGGCUGAUAAAAAUAUCGAGGAAAAACCGAAAUAUAAGACAGAAGUUGAAUUAGCUUUUCGAAAGCACUUGAGAUUCCCAAAACCUUUCGAAAAGAAAAUAAAAACUAACAAAGUUGAGUUUCCCAGUGCAAUUUCAUCCAAAGAAUGGAGGAAAUACUAUGAGGAUAAAUCCAGGCAAAAAGAAGAGAAAGAAAAUUUAAAGAAGAAAAGAGCAUAUGGAAAGAGAAAAAUGGAAAAAGAAGUUGAUCGAAAUAAAAGGAAUAAAACAGCAUUAACUACGAAUACUUCGAACAUAGAGACUGAAAAAAAAACAUGUACAAUUUGUGAAAAACAUUUAGAGAGUGAUGCCGAGAAUGAAAAUGAAAAAAAAAUUGGUUGUGAUAUUUGUCCCAGGUGGUUUCAUUUUGGUUGUAUAAAAUACAAUGAUCUAAGUUAUUCUGAUGCUCAACAUCAAGUUUUUUUUUGUGAUUUUUGUGAUCAAUCUUGAGAUUUAAAACUGCCCUUUCACAGAAUAAAUAUUUCGUUAGUUUUUUCUAUAGUUUUAUACUUAUUGUUAUUUUCAUUCAAAAUGUUUAUAUUCAGUAUUAUGAUAUUUAUUAUUGCCGAAGAAGUUUAUUUCAGAUUAAAAUAAUGUGAAUCAAAAAUGUGUGAGAGCUGCAGAU